UAUUCUUCGUAAAAAUUAAAACAAAAAGUUACUUUUACAAUAAAUAAUUUUAUAAGUUGUCAACUUCAGUUUUGAUUCUGCCGUCGAUUCAUUGGCACACAGAAUGAUUUUCAAUAUGGAGAAACUUACUGAAAGAGAAAGUAAUGCAGUGUCGUAAACCUCUAGGUAAGUUCGUCGAGAGCGAAAUCUGUUAGUCAAUGAUUCGCUCGACAGUGGUAAGCUUCUGUAGAUCGUGUUCUUCAGAGUAAAUCAACUUAAUUAAUCAAAAAAAACCCUUUCGUACUGAAGAGAAUAUCAUGUUGCGAAUUUUAAUGAUUUUAUCGUUUAUUUGCUCAUUGGAUUUACUGAGUGCUCGUCCUGCGGAGGAACCGACAAAAUUUACUCUUGGCAACACACAAACUAAUGCAGAAAAUGUGGUACCGUCAAAAUUUGAAGAAACAAAGGAAUUAUUAGAACGUGUCGGUGAUGCUAUUAGAAUUGGCGGAGGAAGAUUUCUCAAUUUGAUAAUAUUGGCUAGAAACAUCAUUGUUGUUCGAGCGGAGCAAAUAAGCAAUGAAUUCCGAAAUAAUCUUGACCCAUUAAUUAUUAAAUCUGACAAACCUCAAAGUCGCAGAUCUAUAUCACCUGUACAAAGUACAACGCCAAUAAUUUUGUUCAGUACAACAUCGCGGAAGUAUCGUUUAGAAAAUGAGACUGCGCAAGCCAUUUUAGAAAGACGAAAACCUGAUAAUAUCCUACGACUUUUCCUGAUGCCAAAGCCACUCGUUGAUCGAAUUAAGAACGAAGAAAAGUAUGGUAAUACGGGAGAUAAAUUUAGCGGAAUCGGAAGGGCGUUCAUUAAUGGUUACGAGAAUUUUAGCAAUUUUUUGAAUGCCGUAGUGGAUGCCCCUGCUAGUAUCGUCAAACAAACUACUCUAGGAGUAACGAAAACGUUAAAUGAUUUGGGAGCACGGCUUAUUGGUCUCGAAUAAUGAAUAUAAACGGAUAUAAAUUAAUCAAAGCAAUUAAUCAAAUGUACGUCAAAUUAAAUAAAAUGUUAUGCAUUACAUAAAAAACUUUUCUUUAAAAACCAUAAAAGUAGAAUUGCGACAUUUCUUAGUCGCGUAUGCGGAAGUAUUAGAUACAUAGGUAUGCGGAAAUAUCGAUGCACG